UAACUUUCUUCAUUCCAUAUUAGAGUAAAGUAAUAACGCUAACUUUGUUAGUUGUUACCUACUCGAGGCACAAUGAAACUGAAAUUAUCCUAUUUCCAACUUCUUUUACUCAUUGUUUAUUUUAAUUAUGUUAAACUAGUGCCUGACGAGUACUGCAUCCCCCCUCUAAACACGAGCGACUGCGGAAUCCCUCCAACUCCCGUGUUCUCGUACUUCAAGUUCGGAUCGAGGUGCGAGAUCGAGUACUGGCGCGGGUGCCCCACCGCGAACAAGUUUGAGAACGAGUACCACUGUUCGCACUACUGUAUAGGGAAGACGAAGUACUAUGGACGAGAAAGAGGUAUUUCUAUAGAAGACUUAAGUUUUAAAGAACUUGAGGACGUAAAUAGGAUUCUCCACGAAAUCGAUGAUAUGUCUGACGAAGCAAAAGAAAAAUUGGAUUUAGUAUCUCCUGCUCACAAACCGGCUACGAAAACUACGAUGAAAGCCCAAACAGCGGAUACUAAAACUACGGUUGAUGCCAAAACAGAGGAUACCAAAACUACAGAUGAUGCGAAAACAGGGGAUACAAGAACUACAGUUGAAGCCAGAACAGAAGAGUAUGAAUCAGAAGAAGAAUCUGAUGAACAUGAAAAAGGUGGAUCAACACUGGUAGCUAUGACACAAGAGCCUGUGACAGAUCUAAAACUUAGAGAAAAAAAAAGGAAGAAGGAGUAAAUGAGUAACAAGUUAUUUCAACCAGACUCUAUAAUUUCAAGACAAAAGUAAAAGUAAUUUCAAACAGAUCUCUUCUUUCUCAUCUAGACAAAAGACUAUAAAUGGAAA